AUGCUUGAGCGACGGAAACAGCCAGAGCAUCGUCGACCAACGGCAACGCGCAUCUACGCUGUUCUGGCGUGGCUGCUGCUGCCGGAGAUCGCCGCCGUACGAGAGGAGAACACUGGAGAACGCUGGCAGAAGAACGCGUUCCGCGCGCUUCGCUUCAUGUUCAGCAUGGAGGGCGGAAACCGCGGCAGUUCAAGGCCGGUUGUUCCAGGCCCGGAGUUGUUCGAGGGGAGGCCUUUCAUCGACGUCGGACACUACGUUCGCGAACUCUCCGCAGGAGGGGUUGGAGAGGGAUUUCUGGCUCUUAAACAGGUGCUGGAGAAGGUUACGGCAGGUUGCCACGGCGACAGCGUCUGCCUGGGCGAUCCGUGUGGCGCGGAACUGGUGAAGGAGGCGGCAAGCGUCUGUCAGAAGUUGACUGCAGUGCAAGGGCAGAGGCGUGCGCUAGUAGAUGCCAAAGUACAUCGGCAUCUUGUGCUGCUGCUGGCGACGAGAGACGUGAGUGUGCUGCACAGUGUGCUGCGUGCUCUCAUAAGCAUAGCUGAAGACGCAGCGUGCGCCACCGCCCUGGCAAGCAUCAACGUCACCGAAUCCCUGCUCAAGAUACUGCAAGCCUACGAUUUAUUCUCUAAGAGGCUUGCCUCUCAGCUUCUAAGGUUGAUCAGCUGCCAGCCUGUGGGACGGGAGGACGUGAAACUGUAUCGUGGCCUGCCCACUCUACUAAGCUUGCUGCACAGCGGCAGCGUGGAGCUGGUGUGGAACACUGUCUGGACGCUGGUCAACCUCGUGCAGGACGCCGAUCUCAGCAACGACAUCCGCCUUCAGGGAGGCAUCCCCAUCUUCCUCUCUCUGCUGCAGGACGGCUUCCCGGGCGAUGAGGACGUGCUGCCGUGUCUGACGGAGAGUCCCGGAUCCUCCUCCGCCGUCGCCGCGGCGAUGUCGUCCGUCACCACGAAGCAGGAGGAGAGAAAGCGAGCGUACGUGCUGUCGCUGCGUGCCGGAUGCUGCGCGGUCCUCACCGAACUGAUGCUUGACGACGGAAACAGCCAGAGCAUCGUCGACCACGGCAACGCCAUCUACGCUGUCGCGUGGCUGCUGCUGCCGGAGACGCCCCGCACGACGCAGGAGAAACACUGGGAGAACCUGCAGAUCAACGUCGACAAUCCGGUGUUCGGGAAGCAGGAGCAGGGCCGGGACGACACGCUGGCUAACGAGAUGGGAGUCAUCCAGGAGAAACUAAAACAUCCGAACGUCGUGAAAUACCACAAGGUGUUCAGCGACCGUAAUCAGCUGUUCAUUCUGAUGGAGCUGAUAGAGGGCGCUCCGUUAGCAGAGCAUUUCAGUUCCCUGAAGGAGAAGGCUCAGAGGUUUUCCGAAGAACGAAUUUGGAACAUUUUCACACAGAUGGUGCUUGCACUUCGCUACUUGCACAAGGAGAAGGGGAUUGUACAUCGAGACUUGACUCCAAACAACAUCAUGCUGGGAGCUAAUGACAAAGUCACGAUAACUGACUUUGGACUGGCGAAACAUGCGCAUAAGGAAAUGACUUCAAUAGUUGGAACAAUAACUUACGCCAGUCCGGAGAUCGUUCAGAACCUUCCUUACAACGAGAAGGUGGACGUCUGGGCGGCUGGGGCCGUACUGUACGAGAUGUGCAGACUGACCCCUGCCUUCUACAGUACCAACAUGCUCUCACUCGCAAUCAAGCUGCCACCGUCGCUAAAGCGUAGCCCCAGGCGCCACCUGGUGGAAUGCUUCAAGCAGAAACUGUUUGCACAGAAGUUGGGAUCUACGAACAUAAAGACAGAGUUGUCCAAGAUUAUAAGUGGAAGUGAGGAACUAGUCGAUUUUGGCACUUUGGAACCACACUACGUCAUCAAUAAACCAUCAGUAUUGUCGAACGAAGAACCUUGCCCUGGAGUGACCUACAGACAUCUUCAGUCCGUCGUAGAAAGCGUGCUUGUCGAGAACGGCUACUACGAUGUACAGCAAAUACAAAAAAGCUCAUCCAUGGUUCAGAUGCACCAGAGGGCAGCACUUCCUAGUCGCGCGAAAGUGGACGAACCGCCGUCCGAGGGCAAAGUUUCUAUUAAAGGCCACAAGAUGGCGCUGAGUGGGAAGGCAGUGUCGUCUGCCGGUGUAAAACCAUGUGCUCUGCGGUUGCUGCAGCCUAGACCGCUGUGGCCGGUUGGGUCAGAGACAGAGGAAAGACUUGCCAAUUCCGUCCAACACCACUAGUUGGUGACUUUUAUCAGUUCUGCGUCCAAUAGACUGUGCAGGGAUACUAUUUUAGUAACGUCAGUGCAAUAUCAAAAGUCAUUUUUUUUACUAAUAGUGAUAUUUGUAAAAGUCGUAAAUACCUAAAAUGGUCGUCGUUUUUGUAGUCGUGUUCUGCCUGCUGGAGGUAAUUUUCAUAUCGAAAAUUCGAAAAAUCGGGGAAAAAGUCUUAAAUAAAUGGUGCAAUUUUGUGUAAUCUUCGGAGCAAACAAUCAGAGAGAGUACUAGUUGAUAACGCACACACACUAGGACGUACAAUGAGUGGUGUUGUGUCAGUGUCGUGUUAAUGGGAAGGAAAUGCCUGAUUUUCAUUUCGUAUGUUUUUGUGCGAAUUUUCGCUCACUGGCGUUUCUACAGCACAGUCACCACU